GGAGGUAUCGGGUCCGGUUCAAAAAUGCUGUGAACCGGAGACGAUCGCAACGCAUGCUAUCGCCGGCCUCGUCCCGCUGAGGAACGCCAAGCAAAGCAAGCCAAAUCCUGGAAAGCAUGUCGCACGUUCUUUUAAGCACGAAAACACGAUCUCUCCCCAUGAACUCGACUUCUCCCGCUCUUUCCAUCUCCCCCGCCUCCCAAAUCACGCCGUAGCCCCUCUUUCUCGUCAGAUCUUCGUCGUAGCCCUCUUCCAUCAACGUCAAUGCCGGCUAGGAAUCGUUCGCAUGCAGAGGAGCGGUGAGAUGUCGAGCGAAGGGGUGGUCGACGGCUCGCUGCAGGUCGUGCGGGUGAAAAGGGAGGUGUUGGUGGCCUGCAUGACAUGUUCGCUCUGUAACAAGCUUCUCAGGGACGCGACCACCAUCUCCGAGUGUCUCCAUACGUUUUGCAGGAAAUGUAUUUUUGAUAAACUCAAUGAUGAUGAGGAAGAAUGCUGUCCUAUAUGUCAGCUUGAUUUGGGUGUUGUUCCAACAGAGAAGCUGAGACCUGAUCACAACCUAGAAGAUAUAAGAGCUAAGAUUUUCCCCUACAAAAGGCGAAAGUUUCAUGGUCUAGAAGUUGUCCCAUCCAUUACAUUGCCUGUUAGAAGAAAGGAAAGGUCACUAUCCUCUUUAGGCGUCAUUACUCGAGUAAAAGCUCAGUCAGGCUUGACAGGAAAGAGAACAAAAGCAGUAGCUAGAAGGGCAUCCAGUACACGGGGACCAAGUCCGGUUAUUGGCGAACAUAAGAAGAAAGAAGAUGAUAAUGAUGAUGUGGUUGAUUCCAGCUCACCAGAGAAAUUCAUCAAAAUGGCUCUUAGUAGAAGGCAGGCUUCAUCUUGUGCAGAAGCAUCUAACUAUUCACAUAAUAAAGAUACCGAGACUGGUCCAGAAACUUCUAAGCCUAAAUCUGAGUUGUGGAAACCGUUGAACUGUCUUUUAGAAGUUGCAAAUAGGACAAAGGGUUUUAAGUCUAGUUCUCAAACUCCUGCUAUUAAAGCAGAUCAAACAAAUAGUCUUGAAAACGAAAGUCAUAUGUACAGAGCAAAGGCUCGGGAUCACCCAAGUAGGUUAAAAAUUGAAGAUUUUGACAAUAACAAUGUUUCAACAUCUCCGAAAAUGGCCAAAGCUAGAAGGAUGCAUGCUUUUAGAAGUAAAAGGAAGGGGCAUGGUCUUUCAGCUCAAGCAGUGCUUGAUGCUUCAGAUGCCGCCAGUGAAAGGAGGAUCUGCCCAAUUUGGCUUUCAUUGCUUUCAUCCCCCAACAAAAAAGGAGGCACUCCAUUGCCUCAAGUACCGGCAUCAUAUCUAAGAAUUAUGUUUAAGGUUUUGAAUGAGAUGGACACUAGAGAAGAUAAUGUUUAUAGAAGGGAAGGCAAUCUUCCUGUUUCUUUCCUCCAGAAAUACCUAGUAAAGAAGCUUAACCUUGCAAGUGAGGCGGAGGUCGAAAUAGCUUGCCAAGGCGAGCUGGUGAGUCCCACACUAUCCCUAUACGACCUGACAGAACAAUGGCUCCGCCAUGGGCCUUCUCAAAGGGUGCAGGCUUUAGUCGGUGCUUCAGCUAAGGACUUCGUCAUGGUCCUGACAUACAGCCCUUAUGUGUUGCAGGAUAAGCAAACGCGGCCUGUGAGUCGACUGCGGAGUUCGACCCAUCGCAAGCGUUUAGUGUAAAAAUCCAACCGCAUUUUCAGAUAAACAGGCAAAAUAUGGGAACCAAACGGUUCCGCGGCGUUUUCAAAAGUGUCACCAAAAUUAUAGCUGCCCUAAAUGGGUCCUUGAUUCG